UAGACAAUAUGGCGGAAAGAGAGAGAGAUCGAAAGUGCGACUAUCGCCAAUUCAAAAAAAGAAAUGGAGGAAGAGUACCAUGUGUGUCAAUAGGAAAUUCUUAUUUGGAUAACUACAACGAUGUUAAAGGGGAGAUAACUGGAAUAUGCUUUCAAAAAGUUGAUGAGGGAAAAGUAAAUCCAGUGAUACACACUGAUGAGUUUUUGAAAGUUGAUUGGCCCUGUGCUCCAACAAAACCUGCAGUACAACAUCUAUAUUUGGAAUUAGAUUACUAUUCAGUGCCAUCUCAGAAAUGGAUAUUAUUUGCAGAUGUUAUGGCAAACUUGAGAACAGCUUUACUUGUUCAGAUGACUCCUCAAAAUAAUGUUGCUCCAAGGACUCUUUAUGAUGGUUUUCGCAAAGAUGUGUGGCAAGGUGCUGGGAAUAAUAUACCAUACUCAUCAGCUACUUUGAGGAGCAGAAUUGCUGAUGUACUUCCAGUUGUAAGACAGGCUGGAGAGAUUAAUACAUUGGAUAUUCAGACCAUACUUCAUGCUAUGCUGGAAGGGUUUCAUUCAAUGGGAGAACCUAUGAUGAAAUUCUUUUUAGAUAAUAUUUUAAAUGUAACAGUUUUUGGGGAGACUGAAAAUUUUACAGUUAUACCACCAUCAAAUCCUUCAUUUAACAGCUCAAUAGAAAAUGGAGUCCUUCACUGCUUAGUUUAUGGUUGUCAUGAGGAUCAGCUGGAAUAUGAAGAGUUAAGACGUCAAAAUGGUCAAGCUCGAGGAAGAGUACGAUUACGUCAGAAAAUUUUGCAUCCUAAAGCUAAUGGUUUUAGAUCCAGAUCACGGUCACGUUCUCCUUCACCUGCAGGGAACAAUAUCUUGUCAGACAUUGAAAACACACAAAAUCGUGAUCCAAAUCAAGAUAUUGAUAUGACUCUUUUGCUUGAAAAUCCAGGUAACUUCCUUGUUAAGCCUUAUUUAUUACACAAGUACUUUGAGCCACAUAAACCAGAUCUUGUUCUGUUAAAAGAUACCAUUGAGGAAAGGCAAGUAAAAAUUGUAGUGGAAAUAUCAUCCUACAAUAAAUAUGGAACACAUGUAUUGUUUGCUACACAUUUGAAGCGAUCUACUGAGCAGUGUUUUCAGCAGUGUAUGGCAGGUCUAUCGUUUAACCAGGAAGAAAUAGCAGGACUUGUUGUAGUGCCUGAUGGAAUGAAACUCAUGGUUGUUAAUAAAGUUGAAAAUGAAAAUAAUACUUUUUCUUAUAUAGUUAAAGAAACAGACCUUGUCAAAUGGAAUGAAAAAAAUGAACUUUUUGGUUUAAUGCAGAAAUUGAUCGAUUGUAGCUUUUAAAUAUAUAAGGAAUGUUAGUAGUAGAACAUAAUUAGCAAGUAGAAUACCUUAGUCUGAGGAUUAAGUUUAACUUUAAUUUGUAUUCUUAUUGAUGACAAGAUUUUGGUCAAGCUCAUUUUAGCUUAAUGUUCCUUUUCAAAUAGAAAAAAACAAAGUGAGGUAAUGGAACUGUGUUUUGGUCAUUAAGGAGUCUGUCAAGAAAGGCUCUGGCACUUGCUUCAAUAACAAGUUCAUUGCAGAAUAUAAGUUUGGAUUUCCAAACAAAUAACUAAAUUAGGUUUCUGCUUCAAGAUCUGGUGACGAAAAUAUCUACAUAUAUAUAAACCGACCUGAAUUUAGAAAUGACAUUUGCAUUCAAAUGUUUUGCUUAUAAUCUUGAUAAUGGUUGAGUCUCGAUUAAUUUGAAGUUUUCAGACAAAAAAGCAUUAAAAAGUUGUUGAUUUUACAAUUUUAGGCCUUUCUAGUAGGAUCUAAGCUUAAGAUAUUACUUAAACAAAAGUCAGUAUGAUCCUGAAUUCUACUGGAUUAUUGUUAUUAUCUAUAGCUAUUACUUUUACAGAUGCACUUGAUAAGUAGAUAAACAAAAUAAAUGAUAAUAUAAUGCCACUUUCAAUACUUUAGUACUAGUAAAAUAUGGUAAAAUACAUACAUUUUCAUUACAAUCUUUUAUUUAUAAUAACAAUUGCUAAUAUUUUGUUUAAGUUAUUUUGAUAAGCAAACAAUUUUGACAGAGUUCAGGGUUAUAAUUACUCAAAAUUUUCCCAAUUGAAGUAAUUGACUUUAUAUAGAUAUCAAAUGGUAUAUAUACAUGUACACUUGGAGUUGUUAAAACCUGAAUGUACCUCAUAUGAGCUUAUGAUGCUGUAAAUUUGGUAAAGGUUGAAGGACUUUUAGAAAAAAGACAACUUUGAAAUAGAUUCAUAUGAAAUUGGCCCUAUCACUUUUCUUUUUGAUUCAAACAAUAGAAUAAUAACAACUCUCUACCAGAGACCACAUGAUGUACAAUUUAACAACUAUAUGUCACCGUAGUUGCUGGUGCGAAAUCGUCCACCUAACUUGAGAUAUUGGUGUAACAUGUACAGUACACUAUAAGAACAAACUAUAAAAAGUUGUUUUAGUUAAGUUUAGUUUAUAUGUAUGUAGAGUUUUUUCAUUGCCAGUUCUUGAAUCAGAAACUUAAUAUAGUGAUGUUUUCAAAUUAAAGCUUAGAUUCUGCAACUGGUUAUUGAAGCAAGUUCUCUGCUUGACAAAUUCCCAAAUGACUGCUAGUUCAUGUAGUAAUAUAGUAAAUAUAUUACAAUGUAUUAUAUAGAAAUUGCUCAAUUUAGACUUUAAAUUAUAUGAAUUUUAGAGGAAGCACAUUGAAUAUGUAAUGUGUA